AGGAGAGGUUGCGGAGGAAGUCCGCGGGAGUGAGGUACCGAGCCCAGUCCGCUUGGCCCGCGAGAUCCGGCCCCGGCGUUUCUGAUCCCGGAUUCCCGGGUGCUGCGGGCUGAGGUCUGGAUUCCUACUGGCCUGCAAGAUGGAGGAAGGCGGGAACCUGGGAAGCCUGGUUAAGGUGGUCCAUCUACUGGUCUUGUCCGGGGCCUGGGGUAUGCAAAUAUGGGUGACCUUCAUCUCAGGUUUCCUUCUUUUCCGAGGCCUUCCCCGACAUACCUUCGGCCUUGUGCAGAGUAAACUCUUCCCUUUCUACUUUCACAUCUCCAUGGGCUGUGCCUUCGUCAACUUCUGCAUCUUGGUUCCACAGCACACCUGGGCUCAGCUCACAUUCUGGGAGGCCAGCCAGCUCUGCCUGCUGCUCCUGAGCCUCACGCUGGCCACCAUCAAUGCCCGCUGGCUGGGGCCCCGCACCACAGCUGCCAUGUGGGCCCUGCAGACUGUGGAGAAGAAGCGGGGCCUGGGUGGGGAGGUGCCAGGCCACCACCAGGACCUUGACCCCUACCGUCAGCUGCGGGCACAGGAUCCCAAGUACAGUGCCCUCCGCCAGAUCUUCUUCCGCUACCAUGGCCUGUCCUCCAUUUGCAAUCUGGGCUGCCUCCUGAGCAAUGGGCUCUGUCUCGCUGGCCUCGCCCUGGGCCUCAGGAGCCUCUAGCACCCACUGCCUCCCUGUCCCUGCUGGGAACCCAAAUAGCAAUAAAUCCUUCUUUGGGAA